UUUCGUAAUUUCCACUCACGGAGAGCAGGAAACCCGGUGCAACCGGGCGCAGCGGGCCGCGAUGCAGCAGCAGCAGCAGGAGUCGCCCCAGGGCAGCAGCGGUAGCAGCAGCAGCAGCAGCAGCAGCAGCAACAGCAGCAGCGGGCGGCGCUGAACCCCCCACCGCCGCCACUGAGGAAGAAGCCCGCCCAGUCGCCGCCGCGUCCUGACGCCCGCACCCGGAUCCCCGCGCCCCGAUCCCGGCGCCCAGAACCUCACGCCCGCCUCCGCCAACUUUCAAGCUGCCUCGGCGGCCCGACCCGGCUCGGCGCCAAUGGUGGAGGCUAUAGUGGAGUUUGAUUACCAGGCCCAGCACGAUGAUGAGCUGACAAUCAGCGUGGGUGAGGUCAUCACCAACAUCAGGAAAGAGGAUGGAGGCUGGUGGGAGGGACAGAUCAACGGCAGGAGAGGUUUGUUCCCUGACAACUUUGUAAGAGAAAUAAAGAAGGAUGUGAAGAAAGACCCUCUCACCAGCAAAGCUCCGGAAAAGCCCAUACACGAUGUGUCCAGUGGAAAUCCUUUGCUGUCUUCUGAAACAGUUCUAAGAACCAAUAAGCGAGGUGAACGACGGAGGCGCCGAUGCCAGGUGGCAUUCAGCUACCUGCCCCAGAAUGAUGAUGAGCUUGAGCUGAAAGUCGGGGACAUCAUAGAGGUGGUAGGAGAGGUAGAGGAAGGAUGGUGGGAAGGUGUUCUGAAUGGGAAGACUGGAAUGUUUCCUUCCAACUUCAUCAAGGAGCUGUCAGGGGAGUCGGAUGAGCUCGGCAUUUCCCAGGAUGAGCAGCUUUCCAAGUCAAGCUUAAGGGAAACAACUGGCUCCGAGAGUGAUGGGGGUGAUUCGAGCAGUACCAAGUCCGAAGGUGCCAACGGAUCAAUGGCAACUGCAGCCAUCCAGCCCAAAAAAGUGAAGGGAGUGGGCUUUGGAGAUAUUUUCAAAGACAAGCCAAUCAAACUGAGACCAAGAUCAAUUGAAGUAGAAAAUGACUUUCUGCCAGUGGAAAAGACUAUUGGGAAGAAGUUACCUCCACCUGUGGCAACUCUAGACCCAUCAAAAUCAGAGAUGGAUAGCAAGACUAAGACCAAGGAUUACUGCAAAGUAAUAUUUCCAUAUGAGGCCCAGAAUGAUGAUGAAUUGACAAUCAAAGAAGGAGAUAUACUGACUCUCAUCAAUAAGGACUGCAUUGAUGCAGGCUGGUGGGAAGGAGAGCUCAAUGGUAGACGAGGCGUGUUUCCUGAUAACUUCGUGAAGUUGCUUCCAGCAGACUUUGACAAGGAGGGGAGUAGGCCCAAGAAACCACCUCCUCCAUCCGCUCCUGUCAUCAAACAAGGGGCAGGUACCACUGAAAGAAAACAUGAAAUGAAAAAGAUACCUCCUGAAAGACCAGAAACCCUUCCAAAUAGAACAGAAGACAAAGAAAGACCAGAGAGAGAGCCAAAACUGGAUUUGCAGAAGCCCUCGGUUCCUGCCAUCCCACCAAAAAAACCUCGACCACCUAAGAGCAAUUCCCUUAGCAGACCGAGCGCGCUGCCUCCGAAAAGGCCGGAGCGACCAGUGGGUCCGCUGACCCACACCAGGGGUGACUGUCCCAAGAUUGAUUUGGUGGGAAGUACUCUGUCUGGAAUUCUGGACAAGGAUCUCUCUGACCGCGGCAAUGACAUUGACCUAGAAGGUUUUGACUCUGUAGUGUCAUCUACUGAGAAACUGAGUCACCCUACCACAAGCCGACCAAAAGCUACCGGAAGACGCCCUCCAUCUCAGUCGCUCACCUCUUCUUCCCUUUCAAGCCCUGAUAUCUUUGACUCCCCAAGUCCCGAAGAAGAUAAGGAGGAACACAUUUCGCUUUCGCACAGAGGAGUAGACGUGUCAAAGAAGACUUCAAAGACUGUUACCAUAUCCCAAGUGUCUGACAACAAAGCAUCCCUGCCACCCAAGCCAGGAACCAUGGCAGCAGGCAGUGGCCCAGCCUCGCUGACUUCACUGGCUUCAGUCCCCCUGUCAUCUUCUAUGGGAGCACCCGGACACCGAGCCAAUUCCCCAUCUCUGUUCAGCAUGGAAGGAAAACCAAAGAUGGAGCCGAUAGCCAGCAGCCAGGCGGCUGUGGAGGAACUCCGGACACAGGUCCGCGAGCUGAGGAGCAUCAUUGAGACCAUGAAGGAUCAGCAGAAACGGGAGAUUAAGCAGCUACUGUCCGAGUUGGAUGAAGAGAAGAAAAUCCGCCUUCGUUUGCAGAUGGAAGUGAAUGACAUAAAGAAAGCUCUUCAAUUCAAAGUGAAUACUUGAUAAUUGAGAUUUUGCAUUUUUCAUCAUGAGUCCAAGACUCAAAAUUUUCUGCCCCAGCCAAAAUGAAUCCUGUGCCAAAAGGUUACAGAUUUGCCAUCACAUGUCCCUGUUUAAAAGAUUAGCACAAAAAGUCUUGAUAGCACAACACAAAUUCCAUCCAAGAGGAGAAUCUUCCCCAUGGUUUAGGCCUGGGUCUGGCACUGGUUGUGACUUAGAGCAAAUUGUGCUAAAAAGGCUUUUCUACCUUGAGAUCUCAUGUGAAACGAAAACUCAGGCAGUUUAGUCCAUAGUGGUACUAUUUUGAUGAUCUUUUCCAUUAAUGAAAUGUAAUUUCAGAUUAUUCUUUACAAGCUUUAUAAUUUUAUGAUUUUUUUAACCGUGUUUUGUCACAGAAGCCCCUAGCGUUUGUAUUACACCUAGUCAGAAGCGAGAGUCUUGGUCUUUUUGCUUCAGGCAGAAAGCUGCCUGGCUUUAUGUUCCCUUUAGGAUUCUAUUUACAUAUGCAAUUUUAGGUCCAACCCUCCCUUCCCCUGCCAGCAGACCCACCCCCUAAGAGAAAUUUAGCUUAUAUAUGAUGGUAUAUUUACAAAAAGAGAGAGAGAGAAAAAAAAAUCUGGUAUUUGCAAUGAUCUGUGCCUUCUUUUUACCACCCUCUUGAUUGGAGUUUUUGUGAUGCAGCUACCAUGAUUCAACAAAUCAAAAAGAAAGAAAUGAAAAUCUACCACUUCUCCAAGUCCACUAGAGGCCGCUGUGUUCGCAGUUUCUCUCACCCUAGCCAAAGGUCCUAAGAGGAGACAACUGAGAUGUCAGGCGUGUGCUGGAUCAGACCACCUGUGACUUCUCAGUUUCUCCUACUUUGAGGUUGUUCAUGAAAUGAAAAAUGGCAUCCCUGCUUGAUUUUUUUUUUUCAUCAGCCAAGUGAAAUCCCUGCUUCCUGUCCUUUGGCGCCUUUUUUUUUUUUUUUCCGUGAACAGCAUAUGCAUUAUUAAAGCAAAGCUAAAUAAAAGUUCAAAUGCAAAUGAAAACAAGGGGGGGAAAGUUGUAUUAUUUCCUGCACUGGGUAAUCCAUGUGUGUUAUUGUUUAAAACUGUAUUCACACAAUGUCAUUUUGCCUUGCUCACUUGUAACCCCCCUUCCUCGGGUCCAAACGAAUGGGACGAGGGUCUUGUUGAAGUGCAGCCAAUGGAUCUUUCUUGCAUUCAUGGAAUUGCUUUUUUUUUUUUUUUCCUUUCUGAGGGAAUUGAUGUUUGCUUGUCUGAUUUAAUCUUUGUAGCACUUGGAACAGUUCAGCCUUAGAUUAUGUAACUGUUUUUCCUCAUCCUCUGCUGAAAAACUAUGGGGCAUACCUUACUGCAAGAUUGUUCAGGGGUUAGAGGUGGAGGGGCUGGUCCCUUAAUGGCCCCAACAAUGUCUGAUGUGUUUCUAAGCAGCUGCUUUGUCUAUUUCUUGCAUUUUAUAGUGAAAACUACUCAAAAAAAUGUCAUAGAUUUGCACAACUAUGAAGAAUGAGAAAUGAUGUCACUAAAGGAAUGAUGCAAAAAAAAAUCACAUUAUUCAUCCUUGAAAAUAGAACAAGUGUCUCUUUCCUUUCUCUUCCUCUCUCCCUCCCCUUUGCCUUGCUCUUGCCUGCAUACUCCUUUCUUUCCUGAGAGUAUUUACAGAGCCCAACGCCCUAGUCUUCCUUGGUGGGGACACAGUUAAGGGAAGGGAGUGUGUAAGGAGCCAGGCACCUUUUGCUCCGAGUGUGGCUAUAUGUACGGCUUGUGCAGCAGCCUUGGCCUCAGUGUGCAUGGGGCUGGGAACAGCAAGUUUCUAAGGGCAGCACAAAACAUUCCUGUCCCCCUUGAACUGUUCUAAGCAUUUCUGCAUUACACUUGAAGCCUUCAGAGAUUUCCCACCACCUAAUAGAACAAUGAAGAUUGGAUUCUUUGGUGUUUGAAUUUCUCAUUUCUACAUCAAGAAAAUCCCAACUGAUAUAGCUUUAUCAAAAGUGCAUACAGAGUAAGAUUGUGGACAAGGAAACGGCAAGGUGGAGGUAUCCUCGGUGGGGCAUUGGCAACCUGGAAUGUGUAGGGCUGAUGUCAGCGCCUCAAUAGAGGCCAUUGGCUUUCUUCAUUUAAAGAGGGGAGAAGUAAGUGAUUGUAAAAAGAAGUUGCCAUUUUCCAGCCUCCUUAUUGUCCCUCGGGCUAAUCAGCAAAGAGGAUUCUGCAUCAUGGGACUGGGUGAGCCUCUGCUUGAACGGCUACCAUCUUUACUCUUGUCCAUAUGAAUCCAUCAAGGAAAGCUUG